AUGGUAGACACACAUGAAUCAGAAAAUGUAUCUUGUAUAGUGACAGACACCCAUUCAACAGAAAGUAUAUUAUUACAUAUUUUUGUUGGCUCAAUAUCUAUUCUGGCACUGUGUGGAAACCUUCUUGUAAUCAUUGCCAUCAUUUACUUCAAACAGCUCCACACUCCAACUAACUACCUGAUUCUCUCUCUGGCCAUGUCUGACCUCCUUGUAGGGGCUUUAGUUUUACCGCUCUUCAUAACACUGUCUUUAAACUCCUGUUGGUAUCUUGCAGAUUUACUUCAGAACAUGGCCCGCAGCCUUGAUAUUUUACUAGGGACAUCUUCUAUUCUGAACUUAUGUUGCAUUUCUAUUGACAGAUAUUAUGCAGUGUGUCAUCCUCUGAGGUAUAGAAAUAAAAUAAAUGUUCGUGCUGCUGUGACCAUGAUCCUGGUCACCUGGGGAGUUUCCACUCUGGUUGGAACUGGUCUUGUAACUGUGGGACUUAAUGAUGGAAAAUGUGAAGGACAGUGUUUUGCAUUUCAUAUUCCAGUGUCAAGCAUUGUAGGAUGUGCUCUCUCGUUUUACCUCCCAGCAGUCGUAGUACUCAGUAUCUACCUAAAGAUUUUCCUGGUGGCACAGAAACAGGCACGCAGCAUCCAGAACUCAAACUGUCAGAGUAUAAAGUCUGGAGCGUCUGUCAGUAAGAUGGAGAGAAAGGCCACCAAAACUCUGGCUAUUGUUAUGGGAGCUUUUCUGAUCUGUUGGGCCCCUGCCUUCACUGCUAUAACCUUAAACCCACUAAUUAAUCAUUCAAUUCCAAUGACUGUGAUUGAAGCAUUUGGUUUUCUUUCAUGGUCAAAUUCAGUGCUCAAUCCAUUCAUCUAUGCCUUCUUUUACAGCUGGUUCCGAGUGGCUUUCAGAAUGAUCAUUUCUGGCAAAAUAUUUGUAGGUGAUUUAACAAACUCAAAACUUCUGUGA